AUGGUGUCCUGGCGGCGGAGGCCGGGGCCCGGCCUGGCGCGGCUGUGGGGCUUGUGCUGCUUGGUGCUGGGCUGCUGGCCGGGCGCGCUGGGCUGCCCCGCGUCCUGCGGGUGCAACUCCUGGCGGAUCUGGUGCACGGGAGCGUCGCCGGGCAUCGCCUCCUUCCCCGUGCCGCAGAGGAUCGCCGAGGGCGACAAUGUUACCGAGAUUUACAUUGCGAACCAGCCAAAUUUGGAAAGUAUCAAUGACAAUGAAGUUGGAUUUUAUGUUGGACUUAAAAAUCUGACCGUGGUGGAUUCAGGCCUAAGAUUCGUGUCCCGUCAUGCUUUUGUGAAAAAUGUGAACUUACAAUACAUAAAUUUAUCCAGAAACAAGCUCUCAAGUUUGUCCAAGAAGCCUUUUCGCCAUCUGGGUUUGUCUGAUCUGAUAUUGGGUGACAAUCCAUUCAAGUGUUCCUGUGAAAUCAUGUGGAUCAAGAAAUUUCAAGAGACCAAGUUUUACACAGAAACUCAGGACUUAUAUUGCAUAGAUGACAACAAUAAGAGGACAGCCCUGCUGGAUAUGAAGGUCCCGAACUGCGACUUGCCCUCAGCAAACUUAAGCAAUUACAACAUCACCGUGGUGGAAGGGAAGAGCAUCACGCUGUACUGUGAUACUACUGGCGGGCCACCCCCAAAUGUAUCCUGGGUGGUAACUAAUCUUGUUUCAAACCAUGAGAGUGACACAAAUAAGAACCCUGCCUCACUCACCAUCAAGAAUGUUUCAUCAAUGGACAGUGGACUGGAGAUUUCCUGUGUAGCAGAGAACAUUGUGGGAGAGGACCAAGCCUCUGCCGAGCUUACGGUAUUCUUUGCACCAAAUAUCACAUUUAUUGAGUCUCCGACCCCGGACCACCACUGGUGUAUUCCAUUCACUGUGAAAGGGAACCCUAAGCCCACAUUGCAGUGGUUCUAUGAGGGAGCUGUUCUGAAUGAGUCUGAAUACAUCUGUACUAAAAUUCACGUUAUCAAUCAAAGUGAAUACCAUGGCUGCCUUCAGCUGGACAAUCCUACACACCUGAACAAUGGUGCUUAUACCUUACUGGCAAAGAAUGAUUAUGGAGAGGAUGAAAAACGGGUUGAUGCUCAUUUCAUGUCGGUGCCUGGAGAUGGUAGUGGCCCAAUUUUGGAUCCAGACGUUUAUGAGUAUGAAACCACACCUAAUGAUCUUGGAGAUGCCACAAAUAACAGUAAUCAAAUCACUUCAACGGAUGUUUCCAACAAAGAGAAUGAAGAUAGCAUCACUGUGUACGUUGUGGUGGGAAUUGCAGCACUGGUGUGCACUGGAUUAGUAAUAACCCUCAUUAUUCUGAAGUUUGGAAGACACUCUAAGUUUGGGAUGAAAGUUCAUGGUGAAGUAAAAGGCGUUGGUCUGGUAGAUCAAAUAUGGCUUUCAUUGCAAGACUGCGACAAUGAAGAACAAGUAAUGGUGGCUGUCAACAGUGAUGUACAUAAUAACUCAACUGCAACAGAUAACAACAGACUGGGUUUUGUUUUAUUUCAUAAGAUCCCACUGGAUGGGUAAAUGAAAUAAGGAAAAGAUGAGAGAGGGGCUGUUGAGCUUGUGGAAUCUGUAUGCUGCACUGUAGGGAGUGGACAGUGUUCUUGCCCAGUGAAGUACCACCUCCCUUGGAUUUCUCUUUUAAACAUUGAUUAUGUUUGGAGAACUAUAGAAGUACAUUCAAAUCAGUAGCUGUUUUUCCAAGAGCAGGGAAAAGCGAAGCCCUGAGGCAGCUAAAAAUCUCAAGAAAGUCCAGAAAUAAGCUACCACACUCUUUCCUAUUGCCUUGUCCUCACUGUGUCUUCCAAAAUGACAUCGAAAUGAAAUUAUAUUGUUUCCUCUGACAAUUUUUUUUUUCUGUUUGAACUUAACUGGAAAGAUAUUGUUUUUAUAAAUAAUAUUAUUCAAAGGUGAACUGCAAAGCUGCUUUUAUUUUAUUGAAUUAGCGUCUCUGCAAAAUUUCUACAGUGCUUAGUUUGAGUGUGUGUGCAGGCUCACUGAAUUCAGUGGGAAUGCUCACAUCCUUAAAUUUUAAGUUCUUGUAUAUUUGCAGGAUAUGCUCUUAAUUCCUGAAGCAGUAAAUUGCAGAGCUGGCCCUGCAAUCUCAUUAUGUAUGUAGUUCCACUGACUUUACCAGGAAGAUGGAGAGUUAUAUAAGCUAUACACAAAAAGGUGGCAAUACUGUUUGGUGUGUUUGGGUAUUGAACCAGUGCCAUCACUUAGACAUUCAGCUAGGUUGUGCUUAUUGAAGAUAGUCCCUAAGUUUGAAUAAGCAUACAAAUCUGUAGUAGGCCAGAAUGCUGAUUCUGAGCCAAGAGCAAGAAUAACAACAGUAUUUGGCUGGUCCUUCAGAUGUAGACUGAGAGACUUGUUUAACUGUCCAUAUUUAACUGUAAAAUAUGCUUCAAAAUGUGCUUCACUGUACUGCAGAGAAGAGUCUACUUUAACAAGUAAAGCUAAAUGAAGGCAUGAGCAUAUUUCAAGAGCAGAGCUGCAUUUACAUAUAGUACUAGAAAUUAAUUUUCAUUUGAUUUAUGUAUCAAAUCCUGAGGGUCUACUUUGAUCUUCUCAGUUUAGGGAAUUGUAAGAAGUAUGAGGUUUCAGGGUUAUUUUUGAGUGAGAGUUAGCUACAAGGAAUAGUAGUGAAAGACUGAGGUAGAUGCUUAUGUUUCUGUGUAUUCUGGUUAGAUUUUUGAGAUAUGGUUUGUAUUUAAUUCCUUUCAAUUAUGUUUAGUAAAAAAGAAGAGAUGUACUUGCUUUUCAUUGUUACCUGUUUUUAAUAUCAGUCAUCUUCACUCUUCCAUUGUAACAUUUAUUGCCUUUUCUUUUACUGCAGUGUUUUAAGGCCAUACACCAUCCCUCUCUUUCUACAGCACUGUCUUGACUCUUUCAUUCUAUUUCUGUGUAUUUACUCACUUUUUGCCUUCUAUAACUUUUAAUCCUUCAGCUUUUUUCUUGCAUUCUCUUGGGUUUCUUGCAUCCAAGUUCUUUUUUCCUGCUGUGCUCAAGUUUCAGAAAUAUCCUUAUUAGUCAAGAAACGUGUCCACAUUUGCAUUCUUCUGGGCCUAUGUAGGGAGAUACUUCCUUUCCCUUUCCACUAUUUAGGGAACGGGAGAUGGAGUUGCUAAAAAUCUGUCCCAAAGAUGUAUUCUGUUCCCCCACAUUAAAGAAGAGGACAGAGCUGGAAGACUACUGAUGACCUAGGAAUCGUGUUGUCUUUGUCGCCCUGCACAUACUGUGGUGAUUUGGGGAGGGAUGGCAGCAAUUAAGGAUAUCCAUCAUAGUUCCUGUUUGAAGUUAGAUGUCAUCAAGUGCUCUGCUGUUCCUCAGAAAGAGUAUUAGGAAUGUCUGCCUUUUUUCCUCCCUAAGUCUGUGUGGACAUGGUCUUAUUUUCCAGAGAUCUUACCUUUCUCCUGCUUACUGAUUCACUUUUAACUUCCUUUUAAUUAUUUUCUCCUCAGACUUCUUGCUUAUUCAUGAAUCUAUCCUCCUGUUGGAAUAACACCUAAUGUUAUAGAGCUGAUUCUAAAUCAGUAGACAAUCAUCUAGCAACAAUAUUUGAACUAAAGUCAGUGGACUUACAUCACACACAUAUUGGAUCAUGCGCAGUGCUUGACCCAGUGGCCCAAAUUCUAGUUUGAAGUUUUGCUGGGACAAAGUCAGCAUAUUUCAGUUAUGUGUUCACAGUUUAUUGCCAAAUUAAUGAGGUGAGAAUAUGAACCCUUCUAUUUUGGCAGGGAGAAAGCAAACCUGCAAAGCUGGAAUUUGGCAGUUGACCUUUGAAAUAAUUAAUUUUAAAAGGUAGUUCUUUCUGAUUCAUAAUAUUUAUAUGCAUAAAUAUGCACAGUUAUUGAUUGGGGAUUUUACAUAAUUUUUUUGUAAUUUAUUUUGUAGCACUUUGCAGUUCAUCUUUAUCAGACAGGGGUAGGUUUGACCUUCAAAUGUUUCAGAAUGUACUGACACAGUAUUUUGGAUUUUAUGUAAUCAUGGAGGUAACUUUAAUAAACAACAACUGAUCUAUGCACCACUGAAAUAUAUAUAUAUAUAUAUUUUUAUAUCUGUAUUGUAGAAUAUCCUUACAUAUUUUGUACUACAUUAUGUUAGACACUCAGUACAUUAUUACUUGAUGCAGAUAUUCACAGAACAUUAUGGAUUACAGCACGUGAUUUGUUACUAAUAAUGUCUUAGCACAGAUGUUUAAUGCUUGAUGGAAAAAGACUACAUGUUCUAAAAUGGUUUCUUUUCAGUAUGUGGACAGAGCCUCUUAAAGCUAAGGGAGCUAAAACUUUUAACAUGGAAAUUAUGAUACCCACUAGCUUCUGUCUUUCAGCUUGAUUGUAAGUGACAUUGCUUGUAACUGUAGAGAUUACGAUCUGCCCAAAUGGUGUUGGUUUACAAAGGGCUCACUUAAUUACAAAUUCUUGACCUCCUUAAAAUGAAGUGAGACUGAAACUAAAAAUCAUACAGGAACCGUUAACAUGGUAAAAGUUGAUGCACAUCCAGGAUUUGACAUUAAAAGGCUUUUAUAUUGUUUUACUGAGCAAUAAAAAGGCUAUGAAAUGUCUAAAGGCAGAGUUGCUAUUUUUUUUCACUGUGCCAGACAUUAAACUAAAAUAAAAGCAUAUUUCUAAGGUUUUGCUAGAAGGGGUUUAUUUGUACUAGAAUUUAUUUUAGAUAGAGAUUUAAUAUGCUCAGAGACAUGUUGAGAUAAGCUGUUGAGGAGUUUGAUGGGAAGAUUAGUUGGGGGCCUGGAGAGGAAGCACUACUGGGGGUGUUUUGGUGUGAGGCAAGUCAUGUCAUCCAGUUAAAUAAACCUGUUUCUGUUGAAUGUGGUGGAUGUUUGACCAGUGGCCAGGUCAGAGUUGCAAAGAAGUGCAUAGUUCCCAGGUAGAGAUCAGAGGUAAGGUUGCUGCAGCUGCCAGUCAUGAAAAGCGAGAUGGGAGCAGUUGCAAAGUGUCUCUUCCUGAAGAAAGCUGUGUAGGGACCAUUUCUUUUUUAGUGGGAGUCCUGGAAGCUCACCGCCAAGGCAGACUGAGACUGCUAUGAGAUAUUUUCAUGGGAAUAUGUGCCUUGAGUAUCCUAACCUGUGAAAGGCAGUCUUCAUCCUUUCCACUGCCUUUGUCUACCAGCUGGAUCUCUCCCAGGCAACAGUGAAGAAAAACAUGCAUUUCAGUGGGAGCAAGAUCAAGAUCCUUGGAACAGCAGACAGUGCGAAGAAAACCUGUGGACAGCUAGUUGAAAACAAUUUUACUUCAAAUAAUUCUUGUGGGGAUUGCUUUUUCUUUUUUGACUGUAGGCAGAAGCACUAAAAAUACUUUUUUUCCCUAAGAAAGCCCAAUCCUAAGCCUGGUUUUUCAAAAACUGUAAAACAUAUGGAAUUUUGCCAUAUGAAAAUGACUCGUACACUUCCACCAGAGGUGUAUCCUUACACUUUUUUACACUUAAAGAGCUGUCUUCGUGCAAAGUUUGUCAAUCCCAUUACCCAGCUGUCCAUGUUAAGUGGACAAUUGAUCAUCACCAUGAAGACCACUAUUUCAUUUGUGUCUAUUUUAGUGCUUAAAAACUUGCAAAUUGUUUGUAAAGUUGGAAGCUAUUAUCCAACAGAUAAAAAAAAAUCAUCCUUUCUGAGCGCUUUUUAAUUCAGCCAUAUUUUCCCAGUUAAUAAUUAUUAUAAUAAUAAUAAUUACUAUUAAUAAUAAUUUAUUAUUUGAAAUAAUUCAAAAGUUAUUA